UCAAAUGAGUGGACACUUUUUAACUCAUACCAUUAAAAUUGGUCAUUCUUAAAAAUGCCUCAAAAAAAAAAAUAAUGUAUGUCUUUGAGCACUUUUCCCGCCAAAAAGAUGGCUUUCCAUUUUCUGAAGAAUUUUGAGACUCAAAACCCUAACAAUGGAUGCUCUGUACAACACGCAUGUCAAGCUCCUAGCUUUCGACUUCCUGAAGCUCACCCUGCACCCCAUGGAUCCCUCCUCCUCCUCUCGUAAAGGCGCGCGCCUCUCACGUGCAGAGACUCUAGGGUUCGUGGUGACCCGGGAUCUCAAACCCAACAAAUUCCUGAGAUUCACCAUUGACGAUGGUACAGGUUGCAUCCCUUGUAUCCUUUGGCUCAACCAGCUCAAUUCUCCUUACUUCUCGAGGCGUAACCCAUCAGAUGUUCGAUUAAUUGCCGAUGUGGCGGCGAAAUUAGCGUCAGAAAUCCAGCUUGGGGUUUUUGCAAGAGUGCGCGGAAGAAUCACGGGAUACAGAGGUAAAACUCAUGUUUGAACGAAGAAUUGAAGAAAGACACAAAAAGGGCGAAAAAUGGAACAAUCUAAAGUAGUGGACUAAGUUGGACGUUGGAUGGAAGUUGGAGAUCAAAUUUUGCACAUUAAAAGAAUUGAGGACUUGAAGAAAAAUAAUCUAUUACGUGGGCCUCAAUUGGACUAGUCUUGGAUUCAGCUUCAAUAUUUACUUGGACUUCUAAUUGGACUACAAUUAAAAUGACUGAAUUAUGAGGAAUUGAGGUCAGCAGCAGCUAGGUUAUUAUAAAUAUACACGGAACACACAGAAUUAACAGAGGGGGGGAGCAGCCUGCUGCGAAAAUCAAUGAUAUAUACAGAAUCGACAGCUGCAGAAAAAGGAGAAGACAGAAAAUUGGGCUACUUUUAUUCUCUAUAUUUACGCACAGAAAUUAAGAAGUUGCUGGGGGCUGAAAUAGGAUAUACAUCUCUCGCAAUUUGGAGGCGAAAGUAGUCGAACGUAGUGGUUGGAAUUGACGAAGUAGAGGGCUGCCUUCUGCCCAAUAUCAUAUACACGCAUAGAAAUUAAGGCAACCUGGUGGGGGAUUUAAUUUGGUGGCUGAGUGGAGUCAUAUUCACGCAGCCUUGAGGAGGAAAAAGGUGUUGAAAUUUAUUACAUAUCACACGAAGGCCGCAGCAACGAAGGAGAAUUAGCUGAAUUGGAAUAUU